AUGGCGCUGCAUUCCCUGCCAAGACGCGCCCCCCGGACGGGACUGCGCUUGACUCGGAGCUUUUCCACAUCCCCGCGCCACGCUAAUUAUGCCGAUACCCUUCACAACCUUAAGAUUGGAGCUCAUACGAAAGUGCUGUUUCAAGGGUUUACUGGACGGCAGGCGACUGCUAAUGUCCAAGAGUCGUUGGAAUGGGGCACCAAAAUUGUCGGAGGGGUGAAACCUGGGGUUGAAGGUGAACACCUGGGGCUCCCAAUCUUCCCUUCUGUCAAAGCGGCUCAAGAACGAGCCAAGCCUGAUGCAUCUGCAAUUUAUGUUCCAGGAAACCAGACUGCAAAGGCCAUUGAGGAGGCAAUUGAGGCAGAAAUCCCGUUGGUGGUGGCUGUGGCUGAACACGUUCCUAUCCAUGACAUUCUCCGGAUUCAUUCUAUGCUGCAAACACAAUCUAAGACUCGACUUGUCGGUGCAAACUGUCCUGGUAUCAUAUCGGCGAUCGGCAAGUGUCGCAUCGGUUUCCAGCCCUUGCCUUGUUUCGCACCAGGCAAUAUCGGCAUUGUGGCCAAGUCUGGAACACUAAGCUAUGAGACUGUCGCAUCAACAACUCGAGCUGGACUGGGGCAAAGUCUCUGUAUCAGCAUGGGUGGAGAUGUGUUAGCUGGUACUAACUUUGUGGACGCUCUCAAGAUCUUCGAGCACGAUUCUGAUACUGCGGGAAUUAUUCUUGUUGGUGAGAUUGGUGGCACUGCUGAAAUGGAUGCCGCGGAUUGGAUCAAGGACUACCGGCAGCGAACUGCUAACCCAAAGCCUAUUAUGGCCCUCGUUGGUGGCUUGGAAGCGCCACCAGGUCGGAUCAUGGGACAUGCUGGUGCUUGGUGUGCACCCGGAGAGCCAGACGGUCAGACUAAGUACCAAGCACUUGAACGUGCUGGUGCUGUCAUGGUCAAUCACCCCGAGAAGUUUGGCGAGGGAAUGAAGACACUGCUAGGCACUGGAGCAAGCAGGCCUGUCGCACAGGCUUCUUCAGGUCCAGGCGCCCAAAAGCGCGGAAUUCAUACAAUGAGACGUGUCACCCCGGUGUUCAGACCAGCUCAGCAGAAACGCGGACUCUACAUCAAGCAGUUUCAGGCAUUUGACAUUCUGAAGCAGAAGUCUGUUCCUGUCAACGAGCAGACUUCUCCUUCCGACGUGUCUAUCUCCAUCUCAGUUGACCGUACUUCUUUAUCGCCAUGCGUCGUUGCAUCUCCCAACGCAAAGUUCAAUCCUACCCAGUCUCGCAGUUUUCCAUUCAGCUACACCGAAACUGAGCUCGGAAACAACUCCCUUAUUUCUGACGUGGCUUCACACGUUGGCCUUCCAUCAUCAGCCCAAGGCAAGCUCGCAACCCUGAUCCAAGCUCUGUGGCAAAUAUACAAGGAGAAGGAGGCCUUCGUGCUAGAGACUCGGGUUGGAACUUCUGCUAGUGGUCACUUGGAAGUUCAUGGCGCUCGAUUUGGGUUUGAUGACGCCGCAUUCCGAAGCUCGGGGCGCCAGGAAGAGAUUCACUCUUUGCGAAACACUGCCGAGGAAGUCGCCGAGGAGGUUGAAGCUGAGAAGGAUGGAAUAGUCUAUGUCAAGCUUGAAGGCGAAGGUAGCAUUGGAACACUCGUGAACGGGGCAGGGCUUGCCAUGAACACUGUUGAUGCCCUCACUAUUCACGGUGGUCACUGUGCCAAUUUCCUUGACACUGGUGGCAAGGCUACCUCGGAGACAGUCAAAGCUUCCUUCCGAAUUAUCUGUUCCGACCCACGAGUCAAGGCAAUCUUCGUUAAUAUCUUUGGCGGUUUGACACGCUGCGACAUGAUCGCAGAGGGUAUCAUUCUAGCAUUCCGAGACUUGCAUAUGCAGGUGCCUGUCGUGGUGCGCUUGCGUGGAACAAAUGAGGAGCUUGGUCAGAAAAUGAUUGCCGAGAGUGGGCUUCCUCUCCAUGCAUUCGAUGGGUUUGGAGAGGCAGCAAAAAAGGUCAUUGCACUCGCCCAACAAUAA